GGGAUGGAGAAAGGAUGGAGGGGCGGAGGUGGGGAGGAGCAGGUGGAGGAUGAGUUUGCGUGUGCGGGGGCUCUGAGGGGGGCUCUCCUGUCCCUCCACCCCAAUGUGAGGAGGGUGUUUGGGGUUACCAUGGAGAUCGGGGCCGAGGAGGAGCUUGGGAUGCCACACAGCGGGCAGAUCUGGCUCAAGCUGAGAGGGACGAGACAAGACGUGACUGCUGCCAAGCUGUUUGUGAGGGGUGUUGUGAAUCAGGAGGAACAGCAGGAGGUUCCGUACCCUGGGGUUCUCCACUGCGUGUUCUGCGGUGCCCGAGGCCUGUUCCUAGACUCCCUGAUGAACACCUCAGCCCAUUUAGUGGUAAGUGGGAUCCCAGGAUUCCUUCUUAUAUCUGGGCUUACGGAACCAGUGGUGAAGGCCUACUCUCUAAUCACAGACCUGGUCGAGCGCUACGAGGCUACCCAGGGACGGCGUGCCGACAGCGGGGAAAGGGGCUCAGGCGAGUCCCUGGAUUCACGUCGGGCCUUCAAGUCCUUGGUGGAGAUAUGGGAGGACAGACACACUCUGGACCUGCUGGUGUUGCCCGGGGCUGUGAAGGAGAACCUUCUGGACCUUGUGAGGGAGUCCGGGCUGGGUUCGGACCCAGUCGUGGUGGUGUCGGAGGAGAACGCGGUCCUCAGAGACACUGGGCACCCAAGGGGGCUCUGGGAAACCCAGGACGGUUUUAGAUUACUGAAAACUGAUCUGGACCAAAGACCUGGACCUCGUAGGAGAUCCCCUGACGCAGGGACUUCCCCGGUCCAACUUCCAGAAAGUCCAGAGCGUGACAUCGAGCCGUUUUUACGACCGUCGCCCUUUUCGUCCAGCACAGGUGGCAGUGUGGGCGGAGGAGGGGAGACGGGGAGCGACGGGACUCCCCUCGAUGGCUUCUUUCGCUCUUUCAUGUUGAGAGAGGACCCUCGCGGCAGGGCGGAGGGGGAGGAGGGGGGGCGACGGACACGCUCCCCGCAGGAGGUGGGGGAGGAGGAGCGGGUCAGACGAGGAGAGGAGGAAGAGGAGGAGGGGGGAGAGCGGCUGUUGUCGGCGGGCAGCAGGAAAGAGUUUGGCCUCCUGCUGAAGUUUUUCACCACCAUGGGCUACGCGGAGCGGGUGGUGAGGAGGGUGGUGUCGCGGACGGGGCCCAGGGAGGCCUCCGAGAUCCUGGACCUGGUGCAGCAGGAGCAGGACCGCAGCGACCGCCAGGCGAGGGAGCGGAACCGGCCGAGCGAGACCGAGCACUGGGAGGACAACGGCGGGGAAGGGGGGGGGGAGGCCGGGAGGGUGCCCGACUUGGGGGACGUGGUGCCUCUGGAGGGGCUCCAGGGGCGGGGGGAGGGGGGCGACGGCGACGACUUUGUCCUCGGGGUGCUGACGAAGGCGGCCGUGAGCUGCGGCUACGCGGAGGAGAAGGUGGUGGAGGUCUACGGCUCCCUGCCCCAACUCUCCACCCACCAGCUCCUCCUGCAGCUGCAGCGAGAGGAGGGCGGAGCCAGGGAGACGGAGGCGUGCGGGGCGGCGGGGAGGGAGGAGGGGCCGAGGGAGGUGGACGAGCCUGGCCUUGAGGGGCCAGGGCCGGGGGAUUCUGGGAAAGGGGGAGGCGGAGAGGCGGAGAAAAACAGGGGGGAGGAGGAGGAGAUGGCGGAGCUGUUUGCUUCCACUGGUGUGGAAAAGGGAGGGGCGAGGAGGAAUGUGAACAGGCAGGCACGUGCGGAGGGUGGAGGAGAAGGAGACAUAACCACAGCUGCGUCACUCACCCGACCGGAUCAAGCCCAGCUGAACGUCUUACCCCGUCUCCCACUGUCUCCGCCCCCGCCUAACCGCUCUCCUCUGGCGGCACUCCCCUCGCACGCUAACCAGGCGCACCCUCCCUUCCACGCCAGCCCCAAGAGGGUCAGAGGCCCCCCCCAGAGCACCUACCCCUCCACCCUGCAUAUCCCCCCAGCCAGCCCCCCCGAGCCUGGCCCCCGACCCACCUACCCCCCGACGCAAGCCCCCCAGCCCACCUACCUCCUUCCUCAACCCACUGGCCCACUUUCCCCCAUCCAAACCCCCACCAUCAGCAACCCCCCUGCCCCCACUGUGAGGGACCGACGGGGUCUCCCGGCCAUGCCGUCAGGGGCGGUAGUGACGGGAGAGCAGCGCUUCCUGGAGGGGCUACAGACGACCUUUGACCUCCAGUUGACUGGUGACCCCGGUGACCCGGGCCUGAGGAUGAUCGUCAUCGACGGGAGCAACGUGGCCAUGAGUCAUGGGCUGGGCCAGUUCUUCUCCUGUCGGGGCAUAGCCCUGGCAGUGCAGCACUUCUGGAACCGAGGUCAUCGCCGAAUCACCACCUUCGUUCCACAGUGGCGAUCCAAGAGAGACUCCAGGGUCAAAGAACAGCACUAUUUAACCGAGCUGCAGAACCUCGGUCUCCUGUCCUACACUCCGUCCAGAGAGGUGCAGGGGAAGAGGAUCAACUCUUACGAUGACAGGUUCAUGCUGCAGCUGGCCCACAAGACAGACGGGGUGAUCGUGACGAACGACAACCUCCGAGACCUCCUGUACGAGUCGCAUGAGUGGAUAGAUAUCAUCAAGAAAAGACUGCUUCAGUACACGUUCGUGGGGGAUCACUUCAUGGUGCCGGAUGAUCCGCUCGGCCGAGGAGGGCCACACCUGGAUCACUUCCUGCGCUCCCAGCACAGCCCCCCUCGGCCUCACACAGAGGGCCUGCAGUUCCGUGAUCGGACACCAGGGGUCCCCACCGGCUCGGAGUUCAGCUCUGGCCCAGGGCAGGGGAGGAAAGGAGGCAAGGGGAGGGCAGAGCCCUGUGGGCAGGGCAGGGGCCAGGGUCCCUGGGCAGAGAGGAGCCCCGCAGAAACAGCCAGGCUGAGGGAGGGCCUGUCUCAGGUGUUCCCGGAUCAGGACAGCAUGGUGACCCUGGUGCUCCAGAGCAAUCCCACAGUGACGGACAUCAACUCGCUGUCUCACCUCAUACUGGAGCAGCAAGGGGAGUCAGAGUGAAGGCACGCGAGAGGCCGCAGGGAGGGGGGCGUCAUCUGAGAGCAGGAGGGGGAGACGGGUGGAUGCGUAUAGAGGGUUCAUCGGGGACUUUUGGGAAGCGCGUUUACCACAGAUUACUGAUGAGAGCUGGAUCAUACUUGUUUGUCUUCAUAAAAUGGCAGAUCGUUGUUUACGACCAGUUUUGUGUUGUUUCAAAUCAAAUCCUUUUUAAUGCUGUUUUUUAAACUGUAACUUUGACAAGUUAUAACAACAAAAGUUAUGAAAUGUUUCAGGACAUAAAAAGAGAUUUGGUAGGUUCAGAUUUUUCUCUUUAUGAAAGACGGGAGAAAAGAUUGACCAUUUAUGAGUAACAGUUGUGCUGAUUCUCUACUGAAGGAAACUUUCAGAAACCCUGUGUCAUUGUACAAAGAUACUAUGAAAUUAUUUUAUUUGACAAAUUGUUUAUUAAUAAAUUGGAGAUUUAACAAUA